AAUUUCCAACUUUCUUCACCUCGGAUUUCAUUCAUUCAUAUUUUCCUGCUUUUCAAUUACUUUCUUGCUUGCAAAACAAGUUCUAUUCAUGAGGAUAAGCUGCAACGGUUGCCGAGUCCUUCGUAAAGGCUGUAGCGACAGCUGCUCCAUUAGGCCCUGCCUCCAAUGGAUCCCAAGCCCCCAGUCGCAAGCCAACGCUACAGUCUUCCUCGCAAAAUUCUACGGCCGUGCCGGUCUCAUUAACCUCAUUAAUGCCGGCCCCGAAAAUCUUCGUCCUGAGAUUUUUAAAUCGUUGCUGUACGAGGCGUGCGGGCGGAUGGUUGACCCGAUUAAUGGGCUCGUCGGGCUGAUGAUAUCGGGUAAGUGGUUGCAAUGUCAAGCCGCCGUGGAAGCGGUUCUCAGCGGCGCACCGAUCGCCCAAGUCCCUUCGCAGUCGGUAUUGAGCGGCUUUAGCCCGCCCUUUAAAGGCUGUGAUAUUCGCCACGUGUCUAGACAUAAAAACUCGGACGGUGUCUCCGAUCGGCUUCACAAAGUGGCGUCUAAGACCCAGUUCAAGCGAUCGGCACCAAAGCCGAAGUCCAAAGUGAAGCCCGAAAACUCGGGGAGUCCAGACUCGGGGCUGAGCCAAUGCGACGGCGAAUCGGUUCAGACUGUGGAGGCUUCGCUGGUGAAGGCUGACGAAGCAGCCGACGGAAGCGAGGUGGAGCUGGAGCUGAGUUUGGGAUUCAAAUCAAGCUGGUGGAAAGCCGGUUCCAGUAUUAACGGCUGUAAUGGUGCAGAUUGUUAGAUGGAUCUUGGGCAGAGUUUGGGUUAAAGUUAAGACUGGUUUUGGGCCCUUCUGAUAUCUAGACUCGAAAGAGAGUGUUAGAGAAUUUUCAUUUUGGUUUUCGUUUCUAGGGUGGACCUCCUGAUUUUUGUCGGGGUUACAGUCGCAAGGGUAAAUAGCGGAAAUACAAAGAUUAUAUGCUGAUUACUCGAGGCUCGACUCUCGAGCUGUCAAAGUUUUGUAUAUUACAGCAACAAAACAAAUUAAUCUUUUGUUU